AUGGUGAAACAAUUCUCGGCCUACGCCGCCCUGGCCGGUUUGAUCGCCGCUGUAUCGGCUCGUCCAACUGCCCGAAGCACCGAAACCUGGGGUCAACUCCGUGAGAAUGUGAGUGACAUGCUCAGUACCCAGUACCUACAUGUCUAUAUCAAACAUGUAAUUUACCUCACCCUGGAAAAUCACUCGUUCGACAAUAUCGCAGGCUACUGGGACUUCAACCCAGACAUUGACAACCUGCGCGGCGUCUCGUACUGCAACGAGUACACCAACCCCAAUUGGACUGUGUGGGGGGAGCCGCUCAAGAUCUGUGCGGCGCCCUACGAGACCGAGGUUCCACUGAAAGAUCCGGACCACAAUUUCGCCGGCGUCACCUAUGAGAUCUUUCGUAAGUGGAACGUGACCAAGGAUGAUGUCCCCAAUAUGGCUGGCUUCGUGGAGCGCCAGUCAGAGAAGUACUCGUCAACUCCGGGAGACACCUCCUUUGUCAUCCAGGCCUACAACCAAAAGAAGACGUCCCUACUAGCGGAGCUUGGUCAGAACUUUGCCUUCUUCGAUUCUUAUUUCGCUGAGCACCCCGGCCCGACCAAUGUGAAUCGGCAAUUCGCAACCUCUGGUUCAUCUUGCGGCUUUGUCGACAAUACGGACCAGUCUGCUGGCUUCUGGAACAAUGUCACCGGAACCACAUGCGCGACAUCGAUCUUUGAAUCGUUAAGCAAGAAGGGCAUCAGCUGGAAAAAUUAUUACGAAACGGACAUCGUGGAUGCAUAUAUGUAUAAGUGGACCCAAGACAACGCCAUGGACCAGCUAGUGCACGCCGACGAAUUCUACCGUGAUCUCGAGGAGGGAACGCUGCCUACAUUUUCCUAUAUCAACCCAGAGUGCUGCUCAAUAGAUUCGAUGCACCCGACUAGUCCCAUGGCAACCGGGGAGCAAAUGCUCAAGCACUUGUACGACGCACUCCGCCGGUCCAAGUACUGGGAUAACGCGCUGCUCAUCAUCAACUUUGACGAGCACGGCGGCUUCGCAGACCACGUCCCUCCGCCAAUGAACAUUCCUCAGCCUGAAGAUGGCAUCACGUUUACUGGCAUGUCCGACGACCACCAUGUCACCUACGACUUUACCCGUCUGGGCGUUCGUGUUCCCGCUUUCCUGAUCUCCCCCUGGGUCCCAGCCAACCACCUCAUUCACGAUGAGGGAACCAAGUACGCUGAGGAUUCCGCCUACACGCACAGCUCGAUCCUGCAUUUCUUGCAGGAGCUCUGGGACCUCGAGGGCCUGAAUAAUCGAGUGCAAUGGGCUAAGACCUUUGAAUCGGCCUUCACGGCCACGGGACGAGAUAAUACACCUCAGACCUUGAGCACGCCUACCUGGUACGGUGGUAGUGGUCAGCCUGAGCCGGAAACCUUUCGCCUUUUGAACCAGGAUGAGAGCUAUUACGCUUCCCAGUAA